GUAUAAAUAAUCUAAAAGGAUAAUGUUAUCCAGGACUGUUAUCAACCGUAUGUCACCAGCUAUAAAGGCAGGAAAGAGGCCAUUCUGCAUGGUCUCAGAAAUGUCCCAAUCAACGCAAGCUCAUACUACUCCUAGUGUAGCUUUGAACAGCAAGAAAUAUUUCGAAACUACCGAUAAAACUUCUCUAAUCGUAACAUUGAAGGAUUCCCAAGGUAUUCUUAACAAAGCCUUGGGAGUCUUUGACAAAUAUGGUGUUUGUCUGACCCAUAUCCAGUCAAAGCCAUCUAAGUUCUACAAGAAGACCAAGGCUUAUGACUUUUAUCUUGACUUUGAGGGAUGUUAUGAAGAUGAAUCUGUUAGGAAUAUUAUUAGUGACUUAUCAAAAAUGUCCAAGCACUUAACUCUCUGUGGUACCCCUCAAGUCCCAUGGUUCCCUACUAAUUUGUAUGACCUUGACAGCACUGGCAAAGAGAUUCUUGGAGAAGGAACUGGGAUUCAGGAAGCAGACCAUCCUGGCUUUAGAGACGAGGUUUAUAAGUCAAGAAGGAAAUACAUCUCAGAUAUUGCUUAUAAGUAUAGCUUACGUGAUGAAGAAAUUCCUAGAAUUGAGUAUACAGAUGAUGAGCUAGGAGUUUGGCAACAUUGCUACCCAAAAUUAAAGAAGCACUUCCAGAAAAAUGCUGUUAAGGAAUAUAACGAUACGAUAAAGCAAUUUGAAGAACACUGUGGAUUUGCUGAAGACAAUGUUCCACAGCUUGAGGAUAUCUCUCAAUACUUGCAAAAUACUACAGGAUGGAGAAUCAGACCUGUGGCUGGCUUGCUCAGUCAGAGGGAGUUCUUCAAUGCUUUGGCAUUUAAAGUAUUUCACUCAACUCAGUAUAUCAGACAUCAUUCAGUGCCUGAAUAUACUCCUGAGCCUGACUUGCUUCAUGAAGUAAUUGGGCAUGGACCAAUGCUUGCUAAUGAGGACUAUGCUGAACUCUCACAUAUGAUCGGACUUGCAUCUCUUGGAUGUCCAGAUAAAUAUCUUCCAAGACUUGGAGCCCUUUAUUGGUUCACUAUUGAAUUUGGUCUUUGCAUGGAAGCUGGACAAAGAAAGGCAUAUGGAGCAGGUAUCCUCUCUAGCUUUGGAGAACUUGACUGGUGUUUCUCAGAUGGACCAAAAUUCUUAAAUCUUGAUGCAGAAGAUGUUGCUGAAAAUCACAGAGAUUACCCAAUUAGUACUGUUCAGCCAUACUACUUCGUCUCUGAUUCAUGGGCUGAUGCGAGAGAGACCAUCAGACAAUACUGUGACUCAAUCCCUAGAGCAUUCAAUGUGUUCUACAACGAAGAGAGUAAAACUGUUGAGGUUGACAGAAAGAUCAAGGGAAUCUACACUGAAAGCACUUAG